AUGUCUUUGGUGCAGUUGUACGUCCCUACCGAAGUCUCGAGAGACAUCAUCUACAAGGUAGGUGAAUUGAACUCGGUUCAGUUCAGAGACUUGAACUCCAAGGUAAGCGACUUUCAGAGAGCUUUCGUCAAGGAAUUGAGACAAUUGGACAAUGUCGAGAGACAGUACAACUUUUUCAAGCAAGAACUCGACGAGAGAGACAUUCCCGUGCAAACUUACCCUUUUGAACCCCAGUCGGUGGUUCCCCAAUCCGUCAUCGAUGAGCACGUCGAAGACGCCCAGUUGUUGGAAGAUAGGGUCAGCGAGUUGAUCGAGUCUACUCAAUCGUUGUAUGAAAGACAAACAGACCUCGAACAGACCAAGGCCACCAUUCAAGGUGUGGACCACUUUUUUGCCUUACACUCUGGUCCCCAAACAUCGUCCGCUUCUGAGGAGGAUGCCUUACUUUCCCAGUUGGAAUCCCAAGGUGCUGUGUCUGAUGCUCGCGGCUCAUCAUUUAUUUCUGGUGUUAUUGGCCGUGAUAAGGUCAACACCUUGCAACAGAUUCUUUGGAGAGCUUUGAGAGGUAACUUGUACUUCCACAGCGAAGAAUUGGCCGACCCUGUUUACGAUGCCCAAUCAAAAUCGAAGGUCAACAAGAACUCCUUUAUCAUCUUCUCUCACGGUUCUAUCAUCAAUGAGCGUAUCAGAAAGAUUUGUGAGUCUUUGGAUGCAGACCUUUACAAGGUUGAUGUCACUCAAGAACUUAGAUCCGAGCAGUUGAAGGAAGUCAAAUCCAAAUUGGCCGAUUUAUCCAACAUUUCAGAACGUUCCGAGACCGCAUUGACCUCCGAGUUAAUUGCCAUUUCCAAGGACUUGGCCAAAUGGUGGGAGGUUAUUGCCAGAGAAAAGGCCGUAUACCAAACUAUGAACCGCUGUGAUUAUGACGGUUCUAGACAAACUUUGAUUGCCGAGGGUUGGAUUGCUACCGAUGAAAUUGAUGAGUUGACUGCAGCUAUCAAGGGUGCCAGUACUUCUCAAUCUAUUCCUACUAUUGUCAACAUCUUAGAGACAACUAGAACUCCUCCAACUUAUCACCGUACCAACAAGUUUACCGGAGCUUUCCAAGCUAUUUGUGAUGCCUAUGGUAUCGCAUCCUAUAGAGAAGUUAACCCAGGUUUGCCAACUAUCAUAACUUUCCCAUUCAUGUUCGCUAUCAUGUUCGGUGAUCUUGGUCAUGGUUUCCUCUUGUCAUUGGCUGCUUUAUUCUUGGUUUUGAACGAAAAGAAGUUGGGAGCUAUGAAACGUGAUGAAAUCUUCGAUAUGGCUUAUACCGGUCGUUACAUUUUGUUACUUAUGGGUGUUUUUUCUAUGUACACGGGUCUCUUGUACAACGAUAUCUUUUCCAAAUCAAUGACUCUCUUCACCUCAGGUUGGGUGUGGCCAGAGCACUUCAAGGCAGGUGACUCCGUUCGUGCUAAGGCUGUCGGUACUUACGUCUUUGGUUUGGAUUCAGCUUGGCAUGGUGCUGAAAAUGCCUUGCUCUUUUCCAACUCCUACAAGAUGAAGUUGUCUAUCUUGAUGGGAUACGUCCAUAUGACCUACUCAUACUUCUUCUCAUUAGUCAACUACGUUCACUUCGAAAGUGUUGUCGACAUUGUGGGUAAUUUCAUUCCUGGUUUGAUCUUUAUGCAAGGUAUUUUUGGUUACUUAUCAUUGUGUAUCGUCUACAAGUGGACUAUUGACUGGUUUGGUACAGGCAAGCAGCCACCAGGUUUGUUGAACAUGUUAAUUUCUAUGUUUUUGUCUCCUGGUACUGUUGCCGAGCCAUUGUAUGCUGGUCAAUCUUCCGUUCAAGUCUUCCUUUUAUUUAUUGCAUUGAUUUGUGUUCCUUGGUUAUUGCUUUUAAAGCCAUUAUACUUGAAAAGACAAAUUGAUAGAGAAGCCAAGAACCAUGAAUAUCAACAGCUCAACAGCGAUGAGUUGUCAUCGGAAGAAAACACCCACGAGGAUGCUCACGACGAUGACGACGAAGAGGGUCACGACGACCACAACUUCGGAGACAUCAUGAUUCACCAAGUCAUUCACACCAUCGAGUUCUGUUUGAACUGUGUUUCCCACACCGCAUCCUACUUGAGAUUGUGGGCCUUGUCUUUGGCCCACGCCCAAUUAUCCACUGUUUUGUGGUCUAUGACCAUUGGUAAUGCAUUUGGAGCCACUGGUAUUUCCGGUGUUUUCAUGACUGUUGUGUUGUUUGCCAUGUGGUUCUCUUUGACCAUCUGUAUCUUGGUUAUCAUGGAGGGUACUUCUGCCAUGUUGCACUCGUUAAGAUUGCACUGGGUUGAAUCCAUGUCCAAGUUUUUCGUUGGUGAAGGUACUCCUUUCCAACCAUUUGGUUUCAAGGACUUAUUAGCCGAGACUUUGUAG